AUGGAUUGUUUCAGACCUUCACUGAGCAAUUCCUGGAUUUAUCCCACUGUGAUCCUUUGCUUGUUUGGAUUUUUCUCCAUGAUGAGACCCUCAGAACCAUUCCUCAUCCCAUAUUUGUCUGAACCAAGUAAAAACCUGACCAGUGCAGAGAUCACCAAUGAGAUCCUCCCUGUUUGGACAUACUCUUACUUGGCCCUGCUGCUACCUGUGUUUGUCGUCACCGAUUACGUCCGCUACAAACCAGUCAUCAUCUUACAAGGGAUUAGCUUCAUCAUUACCUGGCUGCUGCUCUUGUUUGGCCAAGGAGUCAAGACCAUGCAGGUUGUGGAAUUCUUCUAUGGGAUGGUCACCGCCACCGAGGUGGCCUACUAUGCCUACAUCUACAGCAUGGUCAGCCCCGAGCACUAUCAGAGAGUGAGCGGCUACUGUAGGAGUGUCACGCUGGUCGCCUACACCGCAGCCUCGGUGCUGGCCCAACUCUUGGUCUCCCUGGCGAACCUGUCAUACUUUUACCUCAACGUCAUAUCUUUGGCCUCUGUCUGCGUGGCCUUCCUUCUCUCACUUUUUCUACCCAUGCCCCAGAAGAGCAUGUUCUUUCAUGCAAAACCUAGCAAAGAAAUGAAGUCACUAAGCACGAGCACAGUGCUGGAGGAACCUCUCAAGGGUGAAGCGCCAGGCUGUGAAGACGAGAAACCCACUUCGGAAACACCCACCACUGCAGAGAACCUGGAGAAUGGCCAGCUGAGCAGCUCAAAGCUAAAAAAGGUGGUUUUGAGAGUUUUUGUGCAGUGGUUCCAAGAUUUGAAGGAGUGCUACGCCUCCAAGCGUCUUUUUUACUGGUCCUUGUGGUGGGCUUUUUCCACAGCAGGUUUUAACCAAAUUUUGAACUAUGUUCAAAUCCUGUGGGAUUACAAGGCACCAUCCCAAGAUUCCGUCAUCUAUAAUGGGGCAGUGGAAGCCCUUGCAACGUUUGGAGGGUCUGUGGCUGCCUUUGCAGUGGGUUAUGUGAAGGUCAACUGGGAUCUUCUGGGAGAGCUGGCCCUGGCGAUCUUCUCAGUGGUCAAUGCAGGCUCUCUAUUUCUCAUGCAUUACACGCCCAACAUUUGGGCAUGCUAUGCUGGCUAUUUGAUAUUCAAGUCCAGCUAUAUGCUUCUUAUAACCAUAGCAGCAUUUCAGAUUGCAUUUAAUCUGAGUGUGGAACGCUAUGCCUUGGUGUUUGGAAUCAACACCUUCAUUGCCUUGGUUAUUCAGACCAUCAUGACUGUGAUCAUAGUGGAUCAGAGAGGGCUCAACCUCCCAAUCAGCAUUCAGUUUUUAGUUUACGGGAGUUAUUUUGCAGUCAUUGCUGUGAUUUUCCUAAUGAGAAGCAUAUAUAUUAUCUGCUCAGCCAAAUGCCAAAAGGAAGUACAGAACCCUGUUACAAGCCGGAAUCCAGAUGGGCCUCCCCCAGAAGAACCUGGUAAUAUUGUCAUGUCAACGCAGCUCUAA